AUGCACUCUCCUCUGGCUGAAGAGCCCCUGCUGUGGUGUUUGUUGGUGGAGGAAGGUGUUAUGGGAUGUGUUAUUCCAAUUUGCAACGCUGAGUUGAGGCCUUAUGAAGGUCAAAAAUUUUCUUCACUUGAGGAGGGAAUUUCCUUUUAUGAAAAGUAUGCUCAAGAGGCUUAUUUUGAUUGUCGAAGAUUUGGAAAUAUGUCUAGUGGUGGUGUUAUUACUUUUCAGUAUGUUAUUUGCAACAGACAAGGUUUUCAUACAGUUGAUCCGUUGGAUGUCGAUGUAAGUAUAUCUGAGGAUGUGAACGUGUCAGAUGAUGAUAAAGUAACUUCAAAGAAGAAACAUAGACGUGGCACAAAAAGUAUGAAUGAUGUUCAUCACAAGUUUGUUGAAGAUUGCACCAAAGCUAACAUCGGUCCUACUUCAACUUUCAACUUAUUAAAGGAGUUUUUGGGUGGUUAUGAUGUUGUUGGGUGUAUGUUGAAUGAUGUUGUUGGGUGUACGUUGAAUGAUGUUAGGAAUUGUUCUCGUGAUAUUAAAGAGAAACUGAAAGAAGUCGAUGUUCAAAUGACCCUAAAUCAGAUGCAAGAGAAGAAGAGAAUUUGUGAAGCAUUUGAUACAACAUAUUCGACAAACAGGUAUCGUAUGGUGUUUGAUCUAUUUACCGGGAAAGACAAUCACAUGUGUCCUAUUGCAUUUGGAGCUGGUUUCGUAUCCAGUGAGAAUUGUGAUGCAUUCUCAUGGCUUUUCACUGUGUUUGUUGAAUGCAUGGGUGUUGCUCCAAGGAUCAUAAUUACAUACCAAGAUUGGAGAAUGAGGCUUGCAUUUGAGAAGGUAUUAUCUAGUACAAGGCAUCGCUUGUGCAUGUGGCAUAUUAUGAGCAAGUUGUUUGAGAAAAUACUUAAAUCUUUUUCUGAUAGAGAAAAGUUUAGUAAGGAGUUUAAGACUUGUGUUUGGUCAGAAUUGUUAGAUCUAGAUGAGUUUGACAUAUUAUGGACUGGUAUUGUUGAAAAAUAUGGUGUGGAAGAUCAUAAAUGGUUUAAGGACAUGUUUGUGAAUUGCUAUUAG